CUCCAAACACAACUCAUCUGCUCUUGUUUCUUCAUCUAAUCUAUAAUCCAAGUAAACAUCCACGAUUGUAGGUUCUAUUGUUCUAAGAAUGGAUCGUUCUUCUUGCAUUGCAAGAAGAACUCGCUCCCAAAGUGACUUGUAUUUCAAAAGUCUGGUGGGAAAUAGAGAGAAAGUGCCCCCAAAAUCAAAGCUUGAGAAGAGGAAAAGGAGAAGGCUUGAGUUUGAGUCUGAUUCUGAGUCUGAGUCUGAGUCUGAGUCUGUGUCUGAGUCUGAGUCUGAGUCUGAGUCUGAGUCUGAGGAGGACGAUUCUGAUGUGGUUUUCAUUCGUGAGGAGAACGGUGAUGAGGGGCGAGGACAAGUCGUUGGGGAGAAAGACCAACAGACUGGUAAAGGUAAAGGUAAAAGUAAAGGAAAAGGUAAGAGGGUCGUUGAAUCGUCGGAGUUUUGUGAAAUAGGCCUUGAUGAAGAUGAAGAUGAAGAUGGUGGUGAUGAAGGUGAGGAGACUAACAGUGACUCUGCUGCAGCAUUGAUGAGUCCGCCUCAGUCUGACAUAGACCAUAUUGAAGUUCUAACUACUUCUUCAGAUUCCGGUGACAGUGACAGUGGGUUGGAAGAGGAGAUGGAAAAAUCAGAAGACUCUCAUUCGGAACAACGGAGUGACCAAAGUGUUGAUCAUUCCGGUGAUUUGCUUGAAGAAUCUGCUGAGGAGAGUGAAGAGGAAAAGAGAGUCGAAGUUGGGAGGAAGAAAGAGGAAAAGAAGAAUGGCAGAGGGUGCAAUAGAGCAAAUGUUUUCAAACUUUUAGCUGAUUCAAUGUGGGAGAAAAAAGAUUUAGCUUUGUUGAAAAAUUUACGUCCUUCCAAUGAAGAAACUCCUGAGAAAUAUACUGAUCCUCCUUGUACAGAGGAGACACUUCCUCGAAAGUUCAGUUUUGGGAUUCAAAACCAAGUCCAGAAAUCUGGACACGACAUCGAGCUGGAUGAUAUAUGGAAGGAGAUGGAUUUCUAUCAAAAAUCAAUUGAAAUUGGUUCAAAAGAUUACCCUGCAGUUAGUGAAAUUGAGAAGAAUGAAUCAGCACAUGAUGCCAGCCUUUGUUCUCAAGGGAAGCAUAAUGAAAUUGUUGAUUUGGAACUCGGCAUAAGGUGCACUGUCUGUGGCUAUGUAAGACUUGAGAUUAAAUAUUUUUCAUCGCCCAUGGAAAAAGAUUACCAUGGUUCAGGAAGAGAGAAUUGGUACCGUCCAGAGGAUGGUUCUUUGUUUGAUGAACUCUAUUCUCAAUUAGGAAGUGGGGAUUUUCAGGACCUGUACAAUUCUUUGGAAGGCACGGUUUGGGAUAUGAUUCCGGAGACAAUAAGGAGAAAAUUGUAUCCUCAUCAACUGGAUGGUUUCAGGUUCAUGUGGGAAAAUUUAGCUGGAACUUUCAACCUGGCUAAGUUGAAGAGCUCAGAUGGUACUGAGCAUUCGGUGACGAGCUUAGGUACUAAUGAGGGUGGAGGCUGCAUUAUUUCACAUGCACCUGGAACUGGAAAAACAGGACUGACAAUAGUCUUUCUACAGACGUAUCUGCAACUUUUCCCGAAAUGCAGGCCUGUAAUUCUUGCUCCUACUAGUGUGUUACUCAAUUGGGAGGAGGAAUUUAAGAAGUGGAAGGUUGAUGUUCCAUUUCAUAACUUGAAUGUUGAGUUAUCAGAAGUGGAGACAAAAUUUGUGGACCACAUAAAGAAAAAUAGGCGCAAAGUAUUGAGCAAGAAUGAGAAACGAAUGGUGAAGCUGUUUUUAUGGAAGGAGAAGCCAAGCAUACUUGCAGUCAGUUAUCAGUUGUUUGAGAAGCUUGCUGGAGGAAAAUUCAUUACUGAUGAGGGAAGAAAGAAGAAGAGGAAGUCAGCAAAGGAAGAGACUAAAGUUGCCAAGAAAAGUAAGGAAGGUGUGCUUGAUAAGGAAAGUGAGGAGAUACGGAAGAUUCUCCUUGAGUUGCCUGGCCUGUUUGUUCUUGAUGAGGGGCACACACCACGGAAUCACAGAAGUGGAAUUUGGAAGGUUCUCUCAAAAGUUCAGGCUGAAAAGCGGAUCAUCCUCUCUGGGACACCAUUCCAGAAUAAUUUCAUGGAGCUGUACAACACAUUGUGCUUGGUGAGACCAUCAUUUUCAGAUAAAAUUCCACUGAAGAUAAAGAAAUUCUGCCAAAAGAGAUUGAUGCCAAUGAAAAGAGAUGGUAAAGAGCAAUGUUUUGAUUCCCACAGACAGGAUAAAAAGCCUGAAGAUAAAGAGAUUGAGGAGCUGAAAGCCUUAAUGGCUCCAUUUGUUCAUGUACACAAAGGCGACAUUCUAAAGAAAAAACUCCACGGAUUGAAAGAUUGUGUUGUGAUGUUGAAUCCACCUGAUCUGCAGAAAGAGCUUCUAAAGAGCAUUGAAUCUCGUUGGCAAAAGAAAAGCAGCAUUGAAUCUCACAACACUUUUGACUUUGAAUGCAAGCUGUCAAUAGGAUCUGUGCACCCUUCACUGUUCCUGGAAAGAUGUUUUUUAUCCAAGGAUGAAAAAUUAGCUAUUGACCAGGUUUUAUCAAAAAAACACUUAAGGAAUACUGAGGCCUUUAAGAAAGAACUGAGACAGAAUCCAAAUGAAGGGGCAAAGAUGAGAUUCUUGGUGGAAUUCAUCCGGCUUGCUGAAGCACUUGGAAAGCAAGUUUUAUACAUGGAUGGCAAAUUGAACUUGAAACAGCGACAAUCAUUGAUAAAAGUUUUCAAUGAUCCAAAAAGUGAAGCCAAGGUACUGCUGGCAUCAACAAAGGCAUGUUCAGAAGGCAUACAUCUAGUUGGUGCAUCAAGAGUGAUCUUGCUGGAUGUGGUCUGGAAUCCUUCUGUUGAAAGGCAAGCUAUAAGCCGGGCUUAUAGACUUGGCCAAAAGAGAGUUGUGUACACUUAUCAUCUGAUGAUAUCAGGUACUUCAGAAUCUGUUAAAUAUUGUACACAGGUUGAGAAGGAUCGCAUAUCUGAAUUAGUUUUUUCAUCAAGGGAAGAAAAGAACAGAAGUUGUGAUGUUGGUUAUGAAGAUAGAAUCUUGGAUGAGAUGAUUGCACACGGGAAGCUCAAAGAUAUGUUUGAAAAGAUCAUCUACCAGCCAAAAGAAUCAGAGUUUUGGAAAGGCUUUUGAGGUUAAAAGCUACAAUAUUCUGCCCCCUUUUGUAAAUCUGCUUUCUGCUUUCUUUGGGUGUAAGUCUGUUUUGAUGGAAAUACUUACACAAACAAAUUUAAGAAACCAAGAGUUCUAUAGUUCCAUUAGGCCCUUUUUUUUUUUUAACUUUUGGGAAUUAUUGAGCAUAGGAAAUUUUACAAAGAAAGGCAUCCUUGAGAUUACUUGGAGCUGCAGAUGCUUACAGUUUCUUUGGUUUUUUGAUGUCUUUGUAUUUCAAGGAAGACUUCGUAAUGAAGUAAAGUGUGCUUG